AUGUUCUGUAACUUUUGAUUUGAGGUCGACCUUUGAGUUGAUCUUACUAUCAACCUGCUUGUAUGUAUAUAUAUAGUAAUGAAAUGAAGUAAUAUCAAAAUGAAUUUUAUGACCCUUUCAUUUCUUUGAAAGUGACAGUUUUUUUUGGAGAAUUCGAUUGAAGUUCAAAUGUUAAUUUUCAAUCCUAAAGUAUGUCAACAAAAGGAUUUUAACACUGAAAAAUAAGGUUGAUAAACUUUGUUUGCAAAGUAUCCGAUUGAUAUUUAACUAUUCUACAUGGUUGCCCAGUAAGCCUUUUGAAAAUGUCCUUUGAAUUUCUUGAAGUCAAAAUUUUGAGAAGGAAAAGAGUUUUAUAAUGAUAAGGAACAAUCUACUGCAUUUCAGAGUGGGAGUUUCAGUCCAGUAUCCAAUUCAGGUAAAUAGAUACGGUUGUAUCAUAAAUGUUAAUUGGAAAACAUUAAUAGCAGCACAAAAAUUUGUUUCACCUUGAGAUAGAAUUAUGUAUUCCUAAAUCAACUUUUUUCAAGUUAUGUGGGUGAAUUAGUUCCUAAUCAAGAUUGAACUUAUCUUCCAGUUAGCAAUUAGCAUUGAGAGAAAAUUGAGUCAAUAAUCAAAAUUUUAGCAAAAUGUUGGGGCCUCCUGCACAAAUAAGCAAAAUAAUGGUGGGGCUUCUUGCUCUAGUUAUUGUCUUCUUUCUGUUUAUGGAUUUCAACUUACAUUUGAGAAUACAUAAUUACCCCAUCGAUAGAGGAAUUAAUGAUAACAACAAUUUCAGUUACAACGAUGUCAGCUGGUUAGGAUACAAUAUUUCACCAUUAGGAGAUGUUACUGUGAAGGCUGUCCUUUUAGAUCAUACCAAUUAUUAUCUUUUUGCACCUUUGGUCACCAUUCUUGAUAAUUUAUUGAACAUUUCUGAAUUUCCAUACAUAACUCCUAAUGCAAUAAGUUUUUUUCAUGUUUUUGUUGCUAUAGCUAGUGGUAAAUGCAUAGCAAGUGACAGUCUAUCUUACAGAAGAAUCGGUGUGGUUUUGUUUGAAAUAAGAACUUUUCUGGAUGAUCUAGAUGGACAUGUAGCCAGGGCUAGGAAACAUAUUAAGGGAGAGAGGUCUGAAGUUGGUACUAGUGGGUAUUUCAUAGAUGGUAUUUGUGAUGGGUUAGGUUGCAUAGCUCUGUUAAUUGGUGCUUUCUUCUAUUUGAAGAACAACCCUCCUCGAGGGGGCUAUGUACAAUUACCUACAGCUAUUGAUAGUAAAGAUAGUAAUGUUAUAAUGUACAAAGGAAAGGUAACAUUGCAAAAAUCAGCGCUUGUUAUUUCUUGUUUCGCCUUACAACUUCUGCUCAGUUCCUUAUCUUGGAACCGCUACAUAGACCUCUAUCAGGAUAUGCUUGAGAACAAUAGUGUAUCUGACGAAGAAUUUGUUAAACAAAUAAUAGUUUUCAAAAGCCCAAUGUUCUUUAUAAUUGCCUUUUUUUGGAGAUUGGUAAAUGUUCACAACAUGAUCCAUCUUUUCCUUUUGGCCAUUUUUUGUGAUAAAAUGUGGGAAUUCCUGAAGUUUAUACAAUAUAUCGGUUAUGCUAUUUUGUUUUCUGUUAUAUGCAUCACAGAGAAACAUGCUCUAGAUGUGAGGAAUUUCAUUUUCAAUCAGAAGUACCUUGAAAACAACACUUUAUAAUUUGUUAUUUAUUUAUAGGUUUUAAAAUAAUUUGAGAACAUGCAUUUCAAUUGCCAAUUUUUGAAAAAAAUAUUUAAUUUGUAGAAUAUUUGUAAUAAUUAUAUUCUGAUUGAUGUUAUUUAUUGAAUUAUUGUCCAUGUUUUACAGGGUGCUUUUCUGAAAGAGGCAAUUAGUGUUAUGUUACUAGGUGCUUCAAAAUAAUAGCUAACCAUAUAUACUAAUAAUAUGUAUGUUCAUUCGGUUUCUAUAAUAUUCAUUAUUUCUGUUUUCGAAAUGAUCCAGAAAUCUACAGUUUUUUUAAUUGAAUUUGAAAAAAAAUGUCUAUUUUUGAAGCUUCUUAUAGAACCUGCCAAAAAUUGUUAUUUUGAACUACCUUGUACAAUGAUAUUGAUUGAUUGUUGGAAUGAAUUACAUAGUAUACUUCUUAUAAAUUUAAUUGUUUCAUAAUUGAAAAAUUUCUCAUUUUUCAAAAUAUUUCCCUAAACUACUGAAAAUAUUAUAUUUGGUCGAAGAAAAAAGUGCUUCUUGGGUUAUAUACCUAUUUUUUUUCCUGUAAUAAUUAUGCUACAUUAUGUUUGAAGAAACUCCUUCUAAUUGGAGUAUAUAAUUUCUUUUUUAAUUAAACAAUAUGCCUCUGAUUUUAACAUGUCAGAUCGAGUAUUGUGAUUAUACAGAAACUGAAUAUAGUACACAACCAAUCUAAAUUAUAAAAUAAUUCCUUUUUAUUUGUCACUAGUCAUUUAAGGAUAUAAUUAUGUAUAUAUAUAUAUUUUUUUAAUGUGAAUGAAUAAUAUAUAGCAACCAGCCGCCAAAUAAUUUUUUGAAUUUUCUUGUUGUCCAAUGUCUUAAUUCAUAUCCACAUGAUUACUAAAUUAGUUUCCAUGAGAAUUUUAUUGUUUGGCAAUAUAAAAACAAAACUUAGGUGAAACUGAAUAGGACAUUUUAAAUUGGUCCACUAUUAAGGAAUUUGAUAUAAAUAUAAAAAAAAAAUGGAGGUGUUAUUGAAAUCAAUUAAAGGUAUAGCAGAUGUGCAUGCAAUAAGAAAAAAAUAUGUUUUUGAAUAAAUUCCAUUGAAAAAUAAAUGGAUUAGACGACAUAUUUUCUCAUAUGAUACUCAUUUGUUCAAAUCCAGACACUGAACAAGACUAUAUAAAUAUUUUUUCAAGGUACUAAUGAUGAAGUUUUUGAGUUAAAACUAAAGAUAUGUGUUCUAUCAUUUUUAUGUACAAUGUUAUCAUUCCACAAUCAUGUUGAAUUCUUCGAAUUUUGAAAACUUACAUUUUUGAGGAUGCAAAAUAUAAGGAUUCAAAUGUUAAUUCAUUACAAAAAAAUAUUUUAUUUCUCUACAAAUUUCUUGAUGUUUUGCAAAAAAUGUUCAAAAUUUUUCCGACGUAUUAACAAUUGUUUUGACUCAUUACUUGGAGUAAUUUAAAACAAUUGUGCGGUUUUGGUAUGCUACUUGGAUAUUGAUGCCAUUCAUUGUGUAAUUCAUUCACACAAGGAAUAAAUAAUUCAAUAAGGAUUUCAUAGGUUGAUUCAAUACAUUUAUACAAUAGAAUAUAUGUAUAGUUUUAUUCAAUUCAAAAAGUGUAACUACAAGACUAAAUAUUUGAAGUGUGACAAUAUAUUAUAGAACAGAGCUAUCUUUGAGUGGAUUGCUUAGAACUCUAGAAAGUAUAUGGAUAUCAUUUUCAAAAACUCUAUUUUUGGAUUGGUGGAUUGCUUAGAAAACAUCAUCAAAUUAGUGGAUUAUGUAAUUUUCAAGCUCUAUUUUUCCAAGGUGUGUGAAUUUUUCUGUUUUGCCUUCCAUAAAAAGAUAUACUCAUCAAAUUGAGAUGAAAGUACCAAUUUACAUAAAUGUACAAUCAACAUACAUCACUUUUAGAUUUAUGUGUACCCUUUCAAUUUAAACAUGAUCUCAAGUACUAAAUAAAUCUCAAGAUGAGUAUAUUUGCAGAAACUUUGAAUUGUGAUUAUCAGUUUGGAUCCACUGCCAUGCUUAAUUUAUAGGAUUGAUCAACUCAUUUUCUAUGUUUUAAGCUUCAAAAUUAAGAAAUGCGGUCCUAUUAUAGGCAGUGUAUCUGAACCAUUCCCAACUGUUGUGUAUGUAGUUAAUAUGUUAUACUAAAGUAGAUGUAUUUUUACACAUUUUAUACUAAUAUAUUUGUUAUUUUGAUUGUGGAUUUCCAGCCAUUAUUAAAUCACCAGGUAUUUUAAGGUAUUCGAGUACAAUGUGUUGUGACUUUAUGAUUUUAAUAAAUAGUUUUUCGUUAUUA